AUGCGAGCGCCGCCGCUGCUGCUGCUGCUGCUGAUGGCGGCCGCGGGCCUGGCCGAGAGUCCGCUCGCGCGCCUCAACCCCUGGCUGAGCGCGUGCGACCUGGAGGAGGAGACGGGCGGCGCGGCGGCGUGCGGCGCGUGCGGCGCGGGCACGGCGGGCACGGCGGGCGCGGCGGGCACGCUGGCGGGGCGCGACGUCGCCGCCGUGUGCGCGCUGCCGGGAGCCGCGCGCGCGCGCCGCCUGGCGCAGCUGCGGCUGCGGGCGUGCUGCGAGCGCUCGCCCGCCUCGGCGCUGGACCGCGCCGCGCGCGCGCACGUCACGGCGGGCGGAGCGCGCUGCGAGCGCACGCUGACGGACCUGCUGGCCCUCGACGACCUGGCGGCGCGCGUGCACUGCCACUUCGUGAGCAUCCUCGAGCGAUACGACUGCGACCAGCCCUACUCUGUACACACUUGUCACGAAUGCCAGGAGACGUAUCGACGCUGGGCGUGCAGCACGAUGGUACCGCUGUGGGUGGAGGAGGGGGUGGAGGAGAGCGAGGAAGGUGGAAGGUCACGUCGGGCACAGAGCGAGCACUCAGGCCGGGGGCACGCUCGUCACCUGGAGCGUGUGGGACACCUGGACCGGCGGCGAGCGGGUGGCGUGGUGGGUCGCUGGGUGAGAGCUGCGGCCGCGGGCCCUGGCCGGCCGCUGGUCAAGCUCAAGCCGUGUCUGUCCGUCUGUCAGCGCGUGGAACAACACUGCCCCUACUUCCUGCCCGCCGACCGCGCACCAGCCUAUCCCACGCAGUACGCCGGCGAGCCCACCUUCCUGUGUCUCGAUCCACGCAUACCAGAGACUGGUGCUCAAGCGAACAAGUCCAACUACGGGCCGGAUGACUGCUGUUACUGGCACUGCGAGGGCCGGCUGUGCCACCAGUGCGAGACCCGACUGACCGAGCAGCAGAGGCCGGAGGCGCAGCAGUGCGCGCCCGUAGUGGACCGUGCCGCGACAUGUUCCGUGCCGUACCAGGCGCCCGCUGUGGCAGCGACCCUCGGCCCCGCGCCGCUGCUCCUCGUGUCCACCAUCUUCAUUCUCAGCGUCACACGGACUCACUGGACGUCGUUUUUAGUGAAUGUGCGUGAAUCGAGGUUAUAGUUUUACGUUUCCGUGCGCGGCUGUAUCGUGCAACGCCAGCGCCGACCCACGCUGAGGACUACUAGUGAUGUACUUAUGAUAAUAAACUUCGCGCGAUGACGUUUGAGGCCCGGCCGCCGCCCGGCCGCGGACUUCGGUUUUAUAGACUAUAAGUUAAUGUUUGUGUCCGAAUGUUCAAUAAAUAAACGAAAUAACACCAAUAAUUAUUAUUGUUAACUAAGAUUUCUCAAAAUGUAUGCCGUUGCCGACGUUCCGGUCAGUGUACACGAUACAUUAUAAUAUAUUAUAUAUUUUUGUGUUGCUGUAUUCAUAUUUAAAUGGUUACUAUAUAGAUAUCAUUUUGCGAAAUCAGAAUGGGAUGGGAUCUUGUCAAAGUAAUUAAACAAUCACAUUUUUCGUGUGAAAAUCGUUAGCAGGAAUUUUAAGAACUAAAAUUGAUUAAACGGCAAAGUCUAUAGUGACAUUACGUCUACCUGUUCCCUCGUGAGGCUCGAUGACAGCUUGGCUUGCCGUCGUUAUAAAGACUAACAUCCCGACGUUAUAAAGAGCAUCCCAUUCAGAUUUACAUGUAUAAUGAAUGAUAAUUACUUGGCUGCUUAAAAAGAAUGGGCAUGUAUGAAAUUAAAUUACAACAGUAAAACAGAUAGCUAACAUGAUGCAUUUCAUAUAACAUCUGGCUAUUAGAUUACAAACGGCUUUGUAAUAUAUAUAUUUUUGUUAAUUUUCCAUAAAAACUAUUUCAUCCAUAUAAAGAGCAAAAACGAACGUUCAAUAAUAUUAUUAAAGAGAUACUCCAAGAACAACCGAAACAAGUGCUCCCUAUUUAUCAUAUAAUUUUAUUUUUAUUGGACGAUGCAGAUUUAAAGUAUGGGUUCCAAAUCAGUCCCCCUUUGUUAUAGCGAGUCCACUCCUUUGUUCUGCCGCUAAAUACCUACGCUAUGUCGACAUCUAGUCUUUAAUAAUAUGCCAGGGCAGUCACAAACACUUACUUUAAGAUGUUGAUACACUGUCAUGAGCGAACCGCGCGAUAGAACCGCAGAGCCCGCGGACAGCAUUGCGCGUCACUCUCACCCGUCGCUCCAUCUAGUGCCCGAUUUGACUCAGUACCUAAUUGUAUUUUUCUCCGGCUCCAUUUUAAUAUAAAUAAAGUAUUUUAAAAAAAACAUGUUUAAGUGUGCCCACUCUUUUUAAGGCUUCUUUUAUAGAAUGCAUUUACGAAAUUGGAUUUUGAAGUCGCACGGUUCUAACUAUUAUGUAAAGUCUUAGGUCAACUUGGAGUUGAUAAAUUGUUAAGAUUUGUUUUUUACUUAGUGGUAGGACGAGUUAGUAUUUGUGCGGCUUUAAAACAUGCUACGCGGCGCAACAGUUGGCGCUUACUAUUCUAAUAAUUAAAAUGAACAUCACAUCAGAGUCACAGUAGUAAUUAAGUUUUGAACGUUGAAAUUGUUUAAAUAUUUUGACAAUCGUUUUUUUGAGAAUUGGUUUUAGAAAAUUAUUUUUGUAAUACAUUAGUCUGUUGUGGCAUAGAAGAAUAGUGUGCGGACAAAAUAGAAUGUCAAGAUCAUUGAGAAUUAAAUCAACAUUCAGCGUUAUAGCUCUCACAAUUUGCUGUGAAUAAUAAUUGGUUCAUUAAUGACAAUCUUGGAGUCUCAGGGCGCCAAGGCUUGCUACUCUAUUUCUUUCACAACACAAACAUUUUUUUACAAUAAUAGCAAUUUGCAUAGAUGGUCAAUCAUGUCAAUAAAGGUUCAGUUUGCCAAAGGUGCUUAUCAAGAAGUAAUUGUUAUUCAAAGCAACAACAUAGAAUUGUAACAGGUAAUUGAUUAUCUACUACUUACUAAAGGUAACUUUUUGACUAAUCACUAUCUUAUUUUGUAUAUAAAUGGGAGAUAAUAAAUUAAUAUUCAGAUAUACAUUACUAUAUUGGCAAGUAAUGUCAUUACUUCCAUGCAAAUAAUGACUAUAGUAACUACUUUCAAACUAAGUUACUAAUUAAAAAAAAAAUCUAAAUCUAUCGGAAAAAAACUUACACAGAUGUGAAAAAUCAGCAAGGUGAAUUCAAGUGCGUUCACCAAGCGAGUCUUCCUCAGUCGACUCGAAAAGCCUUUACUCGAACCAUCCUUGCCUAUUUCGGAUAUUAUCCGAGUAUGACAACUCAUUCUUAUUCAAUUCACAUAAAAAUGAUAAAUAUGCAGAGCACGCUUAAAGAAACUUUCAUUUCAAUAAGCCCAUUUGAAUCAUUGUACUGUAUAAUACUAUUAUUUCCAUGAAUAAAAUUGAGUAUUGAUACAAAAAUUAAUGACAAAUAUUUUAGGAAUGAUGUAGAAACCUCUCACUUCUAUGACAGCAUAUUAUAAUGAAUGAUGUACAAACCCAUCACUUCUAUGACAGCAUAUUAUUAUGAAUGAUGUACAAACCUAUCACUUCUAUGACAGCAUAUUAUAAUGAAUGGUGUACAAACCUAUCACUUCUAUGACAGCAUAUUAUAAUGAAUGAUGUACAAACCUAUCACUUCUAUGACAGCAUAUUAUUAUGAAUGAUGUACAAACCUAUCACUUCUAUGACAGCAUAUUAUUAUGAAUGAUGUAGAAACCUAUCACUUCUAUGACAGCAUAUUAUUAUGAUUGAUGUAGAAACCUAUCACUUCUAUGACAGCAUAUUAUUAUGAAUGAUGUAGAAACCUAUCACAUCUAUGCCCAACAGACUCACGACGCCUACGACCGGUCUAUGUCUUAAUGUUCAAUAAAAUAAAACUUAGGAGUAAUUAAUUAUGGUAGUUGUCGUUUUGUAAGAAGUAAAUAAAAUUAUAUGACUUAUUCAUGUAAUGAAAUUGUAUGUAAUAAUAUAUCCGUCUUAUGAAAGUGUAAGUUAUCAAAAUGUACACGUGGUUGGUUGGCCAUAAUUUUUAUAAUAUGACGUUUGUUUUAUAUAUAUGAUGUAAAAUAUAUUGUGUCCUGUAUUAUGAUGGAUGACUAUCAGAUUUUGGUAUAGUCUUUUGGAAAUAACAGAGAUUGUUGGGUUUCCUGAUUUUUAAUGAAAUCGUUGAACAUUUAAUCAGUAAUCAGGCAAGUUAUAAUUGUAAAGACUUUAUCGAGAGGAAGUUUGUUGAGAGUGUCCUCGAGCGGGGAUCUAGUUGUUGUAUUCGAAUGAUAAAUGAUAAUAAUAUUAAGUAAGUUGUUUAUUACGUUUUUAUCACGUGCGAGAAUAACUCUUGCUCGGAUUGUUGUUUCCACUUAUCCUUCACCGAACACACACAAGGUGCUAAUUUCAUCCCGUAACUUGCCAAACAGUGAUGACUGCUUAUGUUUUGUAUUGUUAAAGUAGUAGACACAGAUUGUACUGAAACUUUAUAUAGAUGACUCUUUUAAUACUCAAGCCGCCAUUUUGUACUGUCGCGUCAGUGUGACAAACUACAGUACUAAAUAUAUUCGCAGUCAACGUACGACAACGUGUUGCUGUAAGCCGUGUCGUACCUACAUGUUUGUGUUACAAUAUGUCCGCGUCACUGUUUGGCCUAUCUACAAUGUAUUGCCAAUCAUUUUUUCAAAUGUUGGUGAUCAUUUUUCGCUUCUAGCGAACUAGCUUACUUCUAGCGUCUAUUACUGUACAUACUGUGGCCUAGUACUAUUAAUAUGAAGUUUGAUCUUACAUUAACAACAAAUUUCUUGUGUUUCAGUUUUAAAGUUGAGUAUGCAAAGUAGUACGACGCUAGCGUUACAGGUACACUUACACAGUACUCAGUACUCGCCUGUAUGUGAAGAAUAGUUGAAAAAACCUAGAGAAUAUGUGUCAGACCAAGCACAUGACCUGGUGGUGUUGACGACACUAUCUGUCAGUCACGAAUAUACGACGAGUCCGUCACGCGUCACGCUGACUCCUAUGCCUGUCAUUACCCUUAAAACUGGAAUACAUGAGCACUAAUGCGCUGGUGUGGGAAAUUAUUAAUAUAUCAUGUAUGGGUCACUAGGUCAAAUAAGACUAAAUAGUAUAAUCAACAGUCCUUAGCCGCUCGCGAUGGGAGAUAUAAAAGAAGAGUUUAAUGCUUAAGAAAACAUCACGGUAGUGAAAAUUGCAUUAAAGCGAGUACAAUAAUGCAAAAUUACGACUAUUUUUUUGUUCAAUAAGUAAAAACAAUUACAAUAUAUUAUAUACGUUUAUAAUUACUAUUGUGUAUGAAUUUUGGGCUGACUGAUCGUAAUCGAGUCAACAUUAUCCGAACGAUUGUUUCAUAGCCGAGCGUAACAGUUCGUUCUCAUUCAAUAUCACCAAAUCAUUUCAAAACAGUAAUUUGACAGUGUUGGUACUAAGUCACAGUAGUUACCAAGAUAAUUUCUUCUUUUAUAAUAUAAUCUUCAAAUAUGUCUAGGAUGUGAUUAUCGUCAUAUUAUUGAGGUGCAGAUAGUUAAUUGAUCGGAAUAGAUUUUGCUUGCAUUAAAUAAUUGAUAACCUAAUUAUGUACUUUAUCUAUUCACGUUUAGACACAGCGAGGUUCAACUUCACUCACUUAAGCAACAUAAGUAAUAAUAUUUUAAUAUCGCGAAUAGAAUACGAAUACAUUAUUUACUAAAAUUAUAAAAUGGUUCUAAAUAUUUCGUGCGUAUUUCCCGACACAUUACAUCCUAACUUAAAUUCAAAUGAUGCAUUUCAUGACAGUUAGUUUUCCAUCUAAUAAAUAUACUUAAUAUAUUAAUUACUUUACUAUAAUUACCGACCUUAACUGUAAGCCUUAUUGCAACACCAUAUUAUGGUAAAAUCGGUUUCAUAAAAACCACAUAACUAAGGUUACUCAUAUGUUUAUUAUCUUCUAAAACACACAUUUUUUUUUACAAAAAUAUUAGGAAUAGCAGUGUUACUCCAAACAAUUGUCUGUGAGAUGUAUAAUUUAUAAGAUAAGGUUUACGUGGGUAGCAUAGCCUUGUCAAUAAUUAACGAAAAUGGAAAACCUUAAAAACAAAUUCGAUCCCGUUAUUUCCCUUAUCAUAAAUAACUAAUUGUGUUUAAAUACGUCACCUUUAAGACCACGGUGCAUCGGAAUAAUUAACUAAAAAUAUUCCAUUGUAAUAAUUAAUACAAACUUAAUCUUUCUUUACCUUAUGAGACUAGUUUUAAUUAAAUGUUUUGAAAAAGGAUAUUGAUAUUGUAUGGAGCAACCCUUGCUAUACUUCGCUACGAAUUAUUAUCAAUUACUAAGCAAACAUUUCUGAAAUAAAACUCACUCAUAGUGCGUUCACUCUUCUAACAGUGAAAGCGUGUCAUAAAAAUUGAAAAAUUGCCGUUCAGUGUCUGACAUAAAGCAAUAGUCUUAACUCACAUUAUAAAGUUCUUAAAUACGCACAUAGCAUUAGGACUUUGAAUAAUAAUAAUUAAUGAAAUGAUAAUAACAUGGUCGUAACUUGUAAUCAAAAAGUGUCCCGUUUUAUAACUACCAACCUCCACUCUCCUGUUAAAUGUUAUCUAUCUUAUCUUGUAGGCUGUGGUGUCUUCUCCUCUCGUAUUAAAUGUUGUUAUAACUAAUAAUGGCUUAUCUCAACUUCUGCCAUCAGUCAUGUUCGCACAUUAUAGUAAUGUUCAGAACAUAGUUCUGUGUGAGUCAACCGUGAAACCCGACUCACGUGCCUCUGUCAGUAAAGGCACACACAUGGAUAUACCUUUUCCUUUCCACUUGAGAACAAAUAUACAACGUGGCCGAAGAAAUAUACUACUUAACCUAAAUCAUAAAAAAAGUAAUAAAGAAAUAAAAAUACAUAAUUCACCUAAAUAAUCCAAUUUUCCAAAACAUCAUUUCGGAACACCCUGUAAGUAAUCUAGUAGCCGCGAACUAGCGUAGGCACUGACACGUACUUAUUUCACACCGCGCCGUAGCCGUUAAUACUCGUAGGUGUAGCGGCCUACGGGUGAUUACUAUUUUGUUUUCUGAAUGUAUAAUUUCUUUGUUUGAAAAUUUUAAUUAUUUCUUUAAUUUUGCAAACUAUUUUUUAUGAUUACGAUUAAGUAUCUCUCACUCUACCAAUGGGCGCUUCUAGCGCCACCUUGUAUAACCAGGCGAACAUCAGUUAUAGCUUUCUAAAGCGGGUUCAAUUCUGUGCAUCAAUCCAUGCUCUGUGUUUCAAUCAAAUUAAUGAAAAAAUAGUUCAAAAGCGAAGCUAUUUGAUGAAAAGGACCCGAUUUUAUCUACAGAGACACAAAAAAUGGAAACUACAGAGCCCAAAGCUAUAGUUAAAUUUAUAAUAAAACGAAUUCAGUUUCACAUACGUUAUAUAGAAAACCGUUGAACACUUUUAGUUACAAUGUCUAUGCACUCUAAACCAAAAUAAUAGGGAUAAGUAAGAAAUUAAUAAGUUAUUGUAAUUAUUACAGUAACUUAUUAAUUUCUUACUACUUACGAUACCUUAAUUUAAAAAAAAAAUAUGUGCCCAAAAAAACAAAUUAGCUGUUGCAAGCAGGCUUUUACACAAAUUCUCUUAUUUUAAUUGUAAGGGACACUUAAAAUCCGUGGCUACUUCUACUAAUGCACACUGAGAAUCUAAUUAUAAGUUUUUUACUGACAUAAUAUAUUCAAUUUAUGCUAUAGGUAAUAAAGUAUUGAUUUUUUGAAAAGUCGAUAUAUAUCGUCGUUGUUUUUAGAAUUGAAAUAACUUUUGGUUUGUUUUCAUAAUGGAGUAGCCAUAUCUAUUCACAAUAAAAUAUUCAAGGCUGCUGGUACUAAUUCCAGCUUUUUACGAGACACAUCUAUAACAAAUUAAAAAAGAAAUACGGAGUAGUGAAAUGUAAUGUUUAGCCAAUGUCAUAAACUUACUCACUAAGAACGGGCCUUUUGAUUACAGCAUCAAAUAUGUGUUAUAUUAUUGAAUAUAAUGACCAUAGAUAACUACAAACAUAAAUAACGCCACUUACUUUAACCUUGUGUACUUAGGUAUAUGUAAAUUAUCAAGAUUUAGAGUUAGUGAAUGAAUUACUAGAACAUAAACUACUUAGUUGAAACACUUUCAAGCACUCGUUAAAACUCACACAUUGACCGUAUACUCCUAUUUGGAUAUUUAUUCUCUCUCUUUCUCUCUAUUUCUUACUUAUCAUCUCUAUUAGUCCAAUGUAUUAUAUUAUUAGAGUAGAGUAUUGAUGACCAAAAGAGGAUUCCGGUUCAAUUGUUGUUGUGAAGUAUUUGUAAUAGAUCUAUGGCGGAGACUUCGUCACAGUCUCCAAAUUGAACAACUGUUGAGUCAAAAAAAAACUGUACCAGAAAUCUCCUCUUCAUUACAAAUAGGGACACAAAGUAAGCAAUAAAAAGUUGAAAAUUUUCGUUGACAGAAGAUAGAUAUGACCGGCUGAGUAAAAAAUACAAAUACAGUAUUUCUCUCUAUAACGCGGUACAGUGAUAACUCGCGUUUAUAUGACGCGAUUUCAUAACGCUUUAUAACACGGGCAUUCAUAUAAUAUGUGGAUUUCUCACAUAUAUAUUCCUUUAUUGUGAAAUUAAAAUGAUUUGUACAGUUCAUAAUUAGCUUCGCGUACCUUUACACGUGUGUCAAUUGUGGUAUUACAAAAUUAAAUUUUUUGAUUAUUAAAAAAUAAUUAAAUCAUAACAAAAUAGUGAAACUAGGCAAACAAAUAUAAAUACUUGUUACGAAAGAUGAUUUAUUAUUAUAUUAACCAAAAUUGUAAAAACGCGUAAUAAGGCAAUAUCAAAUCGCACAUCGCGCUUUCCUAAACGCAGAACCAAUCCGCCGCGUUAUAGGGGGAUUACCUGUAUAUUGUCCUAGUAACGUUUUUAGGGACUUGUUUUUAUGUUUCAUUACAUUUUGAUAGCAUGUAAAAUAUGUUUUUAAUUAUAUGAAUGUAUGAUUUGUUGUACAUAAUAAUGUGUAAAUGUUUAACGCACAAAUAUUAUGAAAGAAUGGCUGAUAACAAUGUAUGUUUAUGUAUUAGCUGUAAGUAUUACUGGAAAUAGUAUAGGAAUACGAACUAGUUUUUUAGUGAAUGCUCUGUUCUGUUCGUGUCAUUUGUGUAUCGAAAGUUACUGAUUAUUAAAUUGGAAACUGUUCAGUAAUGAAAAAGUGGUGCCGCAACUUAUUUGAAAUCCCGCGUCAAAUUUAAAUGACUGUUUAGGCAUUUUAUAAAUUAAUAUCUACAGCCGAUAUGUCAUUUGAAUUUAAUGACUGUGAUACUUUCAUAGAUUGUUUCUGUACAAAAUGAGUCACAAUCUCAAGCUUUUUAAUUUUAACCAAAUUAUUUUUAACUUAUAAAUAAUUUAAUUUGAUGUGAUACGCACAAUAGUGAAAUGUCCUUUCGGGGUACACCUGCUGUAAUAAAUAAUAAUCAAUAUUUUAUUAUAAAAUAUUAUUACUUAAUUCAUAAAUUUUAAGGAAAAGGAAACUGAAAACAGACAUUUUCUUUACAAAAUGUGCUUUAAAAUAAUCACAACGUUAAGUGCAAUAAAUAAGUGAAGUAAAAUGAUCCAAGAACAACGAAUUCUAUUUUCUAUCAAAUGCUUAUCAUUAUUCAAACAAAGAAUUUAAAAUGUAUGUUUUAUACAAUCACAUUAAGUUUUAUAUUGUAACUAAGGGUGUUUGGGUGGACGCACCUAAUGAAUUUAUGCCAGAUUGACCUGAAGAAGCCGCGCGUAUAAAAAUCGUUAUCAUGUUUGCAUACAAUUGGGAGGAGAUUCCUUUAGGACUGCAUCGUAAUGCACCGCAUAUGACUAGUUAUAGUCCGGAAGAUUUUAUUGGUCAAUUUGAAGCGGACGCAGAGCCAACAACAUGCUCAUUGGCUCACAAGACGGUGUUUCAUUUGGAUUAACACGUGUCAUUCGACAAUUGGGUAUUUAGAACAUUCAUGAAACUCGUAACUCUUUGCUAUCUGUGCUCACGACAGGUGCCUGACAGGGAUGUACCAUUUAUACGUCACUUCAAGAAACAUUCAGAUUAAAGCUCAAAUUAGUUUUAAAUUUAACUGUUGUUAAUGGUUAGAACCGGUAUUUCCCAGUUAAUUUCGCGAGAGUCGAAACGAACCCAGCGUAUCUACCACAUGGUAGAAACUCGUCUAGCGGUGAAGAAUUAAUAUCAAUAGUUAAACAUUUUUCUGUCUAAUGAAGACAAGGAAAAUAGGCACCGUUCUUAACUCGUUUAUCCAACAAAACUUUAAUAAUGCACUUGGAGAAUAGUUGUAAAAGAUAAAACAAACGAUUAUUUCAAAGAUUUAGGUUAUCUUUUCGUUUUUUAGCCUUAACUCAAAUUCAAAUAUUUAUGUUAGGAUUUAAAAUCACUUAAAAAACCACCCAUUCGACAAAGUAUGCCUCAGACCUGAGACAAACAGAUUAUUAGCACCUUUAUGGAAUAUUUGAACGUCACAUUCAGUUCAUAUAUCGGGUUUCUCAUACAUAUACAUCACUUUACAUGUUCAACACUUGAUAGUUUUAAUUAUAAAGCAUUUCUAAUACUACAAAGACCUUCGUCGACGAUGCUGUGGGCAACUCACGUUCAAUAUUGAUUGACUAUAUCAAAGCUUUUGUAUUUGUCUCACCGACUUUUAUAUCAAUACUGGCUAAGGAGAAGCACACCAUAUGCUCGUCAUAUGACAGAAAAAAAUAUUUUUAAUGAUAAGUGAUGAAUAAUAAGAAAACAAUAGUAAUAAAUGGCCUUCCAUUUUGCAAUUGUUAUGUAAUUUUGUACGGUACGACUCGAUGUACCCCGUUGUCAAUAGAUGUCUUAUGAUUGAAUAGAUUAUAUAAUAAUUAAUAGGCCGUGACUAUAUACAAAGUACGAAAAUAGUUGUGGCAUAAUUAAUUCAUCUAGUACAAUACCAUCACCUACCUAUAUUUAUAAUAUAUAUAUAUAUAUGUACUUAUUAAGAAAAUAACAUCGAUAGUAAUUAAAGGAGCAUAAAAUAUAUGCUUAAUUAAAAACAAAUUCGCACUGUUUAAAAAAAUAUAAAUACCAUCUUUAAUCUCAGAAAGUUUUUGUAGAGCAUUUUAUAUAUUUGUGGCAAAUUUUUCAAUUUUCAGUCCCUUAGAGCUGAAAACUCCGUUCGAUGUAAAAUUUUAAGAUUACAAUUGUUUACGAUCCAAAAAAGAGGCGCAAUAGAAGGGAUAUUUAAAUAAUAUGUCGCGAAAGUUGUUUGUCUGAAACCCAAAGGUGUGUGGCCGACCUAAUAUCAGAUACGCAUUUGACGAUGAUAAGGCUAAGCGUACACUGAGGAGGACACUAGGUGACGCAGCACAGCACAGUACAGAUUGUGCAGGGCAGGGCAUAAGAGACAGACAUAAGCCACGAACGUAUGCUGCGGCACAACAAGAACUAUUUUGCGUCGUAUAAAGAAUAAACUUAUUCUAGCUGACGAGUAAAAUGCCUUAGCGACAUAUGCUGUUACAGUACGGGACACUUUUAUAAAUAAUUUAAUUACAAUAGGAACAGUUUCUUUGUGAGGCGGUUGCAAGAAGUCGCUUGUAGUUUUAUUUUCAACAUACAUAAUAUGAAAAACGUUUUAUUUCUCGGCAAUGAUCACAAACACACAACUGCAAAAUGUGCAAAGGUGCGCGAGAAAUGAUGCGCACCAAAAUCGUUACUAUCCCAUUUGAUGGGUAGGUUUUACUCUCCAUAUUUUCCUCAUACUGGGCGCCUUAUAUGAAAAUCGAUUCUUAAGGAGUAAACUCCAACAAAAUUCAGGAUAAGCAGUAAAAACAUGCACGCAUCGCGCAGAAAUCUGUGCCGGCCAUACAACGAGAUGCAGAGCAGAACAGACGCAUGUUUGCAUCGCAGCGUACGUAGCUCUUAGUACGUACAUAUGUUACAAAAUCUGCUCUGCCCUGUGCUGCGUGGACCUGCGUUGUCUGAGUCCGAUCCGUAUCCGUGUGUUCCAAGUACAAUAAGUGAUUUUUCAUUUAAUAUUUAAGUGCAUUACAAUCAGACUUUUCCGACACGAUUCUGCAACCAGCCACUCUCCAUUCACCGAACGUUAAACAUGGUCCUUCGAGCCGGAAAACUUGUCGCGGUUACCUUAGAGUAUAACAUAAUACUUUUAUGUUGUGAUUACAACACCGCGAAAACAUGGUCCGAAGUAGUCGUAGAACUAUUUCCAGUGUGGAUCUAGUGCGUAAACUGCCAUAGAAAUAGUUAUUCGUCUACUCCGGACUGUUUUGACACGGAUUCGGAUCGGACGUGGUGCGAAAGCGCUCUAACUGUCCGCACGCUUAAUUCCGUACUUACAAGAUGUCCUUGUUGCACUACAUAGUAAAGUGUUGUGUGAUCGUAAUAAUAUCUUUAAUUGUAUUUUUUACGUAUAAAUAAUAAGUCCUAUAAGGAUUCCUAUGAACAAUCUGUUUGUACGUUGAAAAAGGCGGAGACCAUUUCAUCCACGAUUUAUUUUAUUUGGAUUAAUGAGUAUUAAAAGGACUGCUGAGACCCCGAAAGUGCAAUUUUUUUGUCCACAACGCUUGAGAAAAAUGAAAUAGAUUAAAAUGUGACACAAGUAGUUAGUGCUUAGUGAAGUGGAAUUUGUAAGCUACGAGAGGAAAAAUAUAAAGGAAUUAAAGUUUAUUAACAGUUUGAUAUGUAAACCUUAAAACAUCAUGAAAUAUUGUUACUGUUUGUGAAUUUGUUUUAAUUUGUUGUACAAUAAACACAUUCUAAUUAUUACAUUUAUAAAAUAACUCUAUCGUCGAUGCGGGACACUUGUAUGAUUAAAUAAUAUAUUUCUAGAUCAUAUAAAUAUAUUGAGGCACUGAACCCUGAACUAUAAAUUAAGCAUAAAAACUAUAUAUUCGUUACCUACUCGUGAUUUUGACAGCCAGGUACAUGUUUAAUGUUUCACAAACAAACUUAAUUGCAAUUUUUUUACUGGUUUUCGUAAGCGAGUUCGUAUUGUAGUAAGCAGUUAAUUCGUUCGUAACGCGCCAGAGGAUUUAUCAAACAUGAAUGAUUUUCCAGUAAAUUUGUUAAAUACCGCCUCAGAGCUGGAUGUAUGUAUAUGAAAGAAAAUGUAGAGUUGUGCUUCAAUAUAUUGAUAUGAUCUAGGAUGUGGUAGGUGUUUCUCAAGUAGCUGUCUUGUAAUAAGUUGUUACGUCGGCCCCGCGCAGAACGUGCGUAGUAGCGAGCGGCCCGCACGGUAGACAUUGUUUAACACUCGUCAUAAUUAAUGAAGUUCGUAUUAAAGUAGAUGGAUUUUGAAAUUAAAUAUUAUUUGCAUUUUCCUAUAAGAGUUAGAUCGAGACAGUAGGUCAGGUGACCGAGUUAUGAAUCGUGGAGAGGUUUAUAAAAAAACUUUAUGAAAAUGAAAUAGAAUGGAGCGUCAUGUCGUGUGACCGUGUAAUUACUAACUUAAGAGAAAUUAUUGAAGGAACAGACAAAUGUUAAAUAAACCGAUUAAAACAUAA